AUGAACACCGAGAAGGACUUCGCGCCACUCACGCCCAACAUCGUGCGCGCCCUCAAUGACAAGCUGUACGAAAAGAGGAAGGUGGCAGCGCUGGAGAUCGAGAAGCUCGUCCGGGAGUUCGUGGCCCAGAACAACACCGUGCAGAUCAAGCAGGUGAUCCAGACCUUGUCUCAGGAGUUCGCCCUCUCUCAGCACCCCCACAGCCGGAAGGGGGGCCUCAUCGGCCUGGCCGCCUGCUCCAUCGCGCUGGGCAAGGACUCAGGACUCUACCUGAAGGAGCUGAUUGAGCCGGUGCUGACCUGCUUCAACGACGCCGACAGCCGGCUGCGCUACUACGCGUGUGAGGCGCUCUACAACAUCGUCAAGGUGGCCCGCGGCGCCGUGCUCCCCCACUUCAACGUGCUCUUCGACGGGCUCAGCAAGCUGGCUGCUGACCCAGACCCCAAUGUGAAAAGUGGAUCUGAGCUCCUCGACCGCCUUUUAAAGGACAUUGUGACCGAGAGCAACAAGUUUGACCUGGUGGGCUUCAUCCCAUUGUUGCGGGAGAGGAUUUACUCCAACAACCAGUACGCCCGGCAGUUCAUCAUCUCCUGGAUCCUGGUUCUGGAGUCGGUGCCAGACAUCAACCUGCUGGAUUACCUGCCAGAGAUCCUAGAUGGGCUCUUCCAGAUCCUGGGAGACAAUGGCAAAGAGAUUCGGAAAAUGUGUGAGGUGGUUCUUGGAGAAUUCUUAAAAGAAAUUAAGAAGAACUCCUCCAGCGUCAAGUUUGCUGAGAUGGCCAACAUCCUGGUCAUCCACUGCCAGACCACAGACGACCUGAUCCAGCUCACCGCCAUGUGCUGGAUGCGUGAGUUCAUCCAGCUGGCCGGCCGUGUCAUGCUGCCCUACUCCUCUGGGAUCCUGACCGCUGUCCUGCCCUGCCUGGCCUAUGACGACCGCAAGAAAAAUAUCCUUAGCAUCAAGGAGGUGGCCAACGUGUGCAACCAGAGCCUCAUGAAGCUGGUCACCCCCGAGGAUGACGAGCCGGACGAGCCCAAGCCGGCGGGGCAGAAGCAGGCAGAGCCCAGUGCCGACGACUCCUUGGCAAAGCAGGAGGGGACCACGGGAGGUCCAGAUGGGCCCUGUGACUCCAGUUUCAGCAGCAGCGUGAGCGUCUUCCCUCCAGCCAGCGCUGACAGGGCCCCGGUCACCCUGCACCUCGAUGGCAUCGUGCAGGUCCUGAACUCCCACCUCAGCGACACGGCCAUCGGGAUGAUGACCAGGAUUGCAGUCCUCAAGUGGCUGUACCACCUCUACAUCAAGACCCCCCGGAAAAUGUUCCGGCACACAGACAGCCUCUUCCCCAUCCUGCUGCAGACGCUGUCGGACGAGUCUGACGAGGUUAUCCUCAAGGACCUGGAGGUGUUGGCAGAAAUUGCUUCCUCCCCAGCGGGCCAGACGGACGACCCUGGCCCGCUCGAUGGCCCUGACCUGCGGGUGAGCCACAUGGAGCUCCAGGUGCCCGCUUCAGGCAGAGCUGGCCCGCUGCACGCUCCUGGUACCAAAGGCUUGGAAUAUUCUCCUUCGACCCCUACCAUGAACUCCUACUUCUACAAGUUCAUGAUCAACCUUCUCAAGAGGUUCAGCAGCGAGCAGAGACUCCUGGAGACGAGAGGCGCCUUCAUCAUCAGGCAGCUGUGCCUCCUGCUGAACGCGGAGAACAUCUUUCAUUCGAUGGCAGACAUCCUGCUCCGAGAGGAGGAUCUCAAGUUUGCCUCAACCAUGGUCCACACCCUCAACACCAUCCUGCUGACCUCCACGGAGCUCUUCCAGCUGAGGAACCAGCUCAAGGACCUAAAAACUCUGGAGAGCCAGAACCUGUUUUGCUGCCUGUAUCGCUCCUGGUGCCACAACCCCGUCACCACAGUGUCCCUCUGCUUCCUCACCCAGAACUACCGGCACGCCUAUGACCUCAUCCAGAAGUUUGGGGACCUGGAGGUCACAGUGGACUUCCUCACAGAGGUGGACAAGCUGGUGCAGCUGAUCGAGUGCCCCAUCUUCACAUAUCUGCGCCUGCAGCUGCUGGACGUGAAGAACAACCCGUACCUGAUCAAGGCCCUGUAUGGGCUGCUCAUGCUGCUGCCACAGAGCAGCGCCUUCCAGCUGCUGUCGCACCGGCUCCAGUGUGUGCCCAACCCCGAGCUGCUGCAGACCGAGGAUGGUCAGAAGGCGACCCCCACGUCCCAGCGAGCCAGCGCCCCCAGCAUCGACUAUGCAGAGCUGCUGCUGCACUUUGAAAAGGUCCAAAAUAAGCAUCUGGAAGUAAGACAUCAGCGGAGUGGGCGUGGGGAUCACCUGGACCGAAGGAUCAUCCUCUGA